GGCUGUCGCAGACUGUCGCUCGCUUUCAAAAUAAUAUCAAUGUUUUUUGCCUUUUAUUUAUUUACUUAAAUAAAAGUAUUAAAUGUACAGUAAAAUGAAUUAUAUUCCUUAAAUUAUAUAUUAUUUAAAACAUCCACAUGGAUUCAUCAUCCAGCAUCAGUUCGGAAGAGUUUGUCUUUAAAGUAAAGAAUGAAAUGCUCGAUCAGUUAGUGAAGACAGAACAGGAAGAAUUAUCUUGCGUUUUGUGCAUCAAACCGCACCUGGAUAAUUUCGUAAUCUACAACACAGAGCUUACAGCCUCCGGGGUUACCGUGUAUACUUUCUUCACCAAAUUUGCCAAGGCAGGUCUUGGGUUUUCACCACACGGAUACAUUUGCAAGACAUGUUUAAAUCUUGUCAAUGAAUUAGAGGAACUUCAAAUCCAGUAUAAAAAGUUAAAAACUGUGUUUCAAACACUUAUAGGAAAAAAUCCUCUGUUUGAACUAACACCAUUAUUUGAGGAAAAUGAGGUUGGCAAGGAUAUUGUCAAAAAUGAACCUUGUUCAGAUAUCAAUGAGGAUUCACAGAUUGAAGAUAAUGUAAGCAUUUCAAAAAAGCGAAAAUGUGAUAGUGAGAAAAAUGAUAAUUACUGGGGAAAGAAUCCAGAAAAAACAGAACAGCUAAUAGAAAUUGUAAGAAAUUAUGCAGCUUUGUAUGACCCAUCUCAUGCCCAAUACAGAAAAAAUAAAACAAAAACCAAAAUAUGGGAUAGUAUUGCUAAUGUUAUGGGUGAAGAAGAUGGGGAAACAGUCAAAGCAGAGUGGGAAAAUUUAAAGGAGAGCUACAUCAAUUGCUUAAAAGCAAAUAGACCAGAUGCAGAUUAUGCCACUACAGAUGAGAGGUACAAAUCAUGGCCUUGGAGAAACCAAAUGUCGUUUUUGCGACUAUUUGUAGACUGCCUCAUUGCACCUGUCAUUAGAGAAACAGAAAUUGUAAAUUCUAAUGGCUCAUUCAAUCAACCGAAUGCAUUUUCACAUGGUGAAGAAAUAAAUGACUAUGUUAAUAACAGAACAAUUGCAGAUUAUGACGAAACAUCUUUGAUAUUUUUGGGCUAUGCGAAAAUUGUUAAUAAAAUGUCGUUCCAACUUCAAGCAAAAUUGAAAUUUGAAUUUGCAAAAUUGAUGAUGGAUGCUGAAAUUCAAAGUGCUAAUGAGAAGCAGGAUCGAGGCAGUGCGUUGAACACGAUGACUGUUGCGGCUCAAGAUCGUCCGGUCAUCAUUGCGACGCAAGAGGUUGCCAUUGAGGAGUCCCAACAAUUCGCAAUAAUAUGCGCGCCACCUUUGAAUAUACCAGCUGGAAAUAAUAUUUCUAGAAAAGAAAUUAAAAGGACGAAAGCUGCAGCAGCAGAGGCGGCGGCCACGACCGCUACAGAGAAAGAGAGGCUAAUAGAAGUUGUAAAAAAUUAUGCAGUGUUGUAUGACAACACUCUAUCCGGAUACAGAAAUGAUAAAAAGAAAAACAAAAUAUGGGACAAUAUAGCACAAGUCAUUGGAGAAAAAGACGGUGAGACAGUUAAAUUGAAAUGGAAAAACUUGGUUGACAGUUACAGAAUAUUCUUGAGGUCGAACCAGGGUGUUGAACAAGUCGAUGGACCAAGAUCUUUGCCGUGGGUGAACCAAAUGCAGUUUUUGAGGCCGUUUGUGGAGUGUCUCGGAAAUCCGGUCACGUCGGAAUCAGACACUGAAAACAGCUGACGUUUUCAUUAAAUCAAAUAUCCACCCUAUAGAGGUGUGGGUUCAAUUUUCGCACGACAGCAGAAUUUGUUUGAUCUCAUUAUUAUUUUCUCAAUCAAAUAAGUCUCUUCAUAGGCUAGAUGCCGAAUUUUAGUUAAUAGAAAUAUACUUAUGUGAAAUAAUCACUUUCAUAAUGGUAAUGAUCUCGGAAAUUUUUGAACGCCCCGUACUAAAUGACACUACACUGUAACAUGAUAAUUAUUUUGCAAUUAAUAAAUAUUGGCAAUUUUUUUUUUAUGAUGGGAUAGUUUUUUGAUAUGUUUUUUUAUUGGUCACGCCUGUGGCGGUAGGUACUUUUCUCUAUUAUGGGCAUAUUGGACAUCAUAGACAAUCGGGAUAUUUUAACUAAUUUAAUACUUUAUGGAACGUGUUCACAUUGGUUUGCGAGGGUGAAACCGGUCGAUAUUUUUUUAAUCUUAAGCCCGAUAUAUUUUAGUUAGUUAUAUUUAUUGUUUAUUUAUUCGUAGGAUAUAAUGUAAGUAAAAAAUAUUAUAACCAUAUACUCAUUGUAUAUAGCCAUACUUAACUUCAUUAAAGACUGUUAUAUGAUACAAAA